AUGAUGAUCUUCAUCGCUGAACAUCCACUGUUCACGUCGAACCCAACAACACUGACCAAGAUCAAUGGAACCACCUUCUAUCCCCUGCGCGACUACAUGGAGGAAGGACCACGCAAGGUGUUCUGGCUCGGCACCAACCUGAUCAAACAACAUCACAUGCUAUCAACAUUCAUCAAUUGCAUCACCAAGAAUGGAAUGGACGUGAUCGACAUGGAGGAGUGGGCGCCAGAGGAUCCAGACAAGCGUGUUAGACCAUACUCCAUCGUGAUCAGAGCAAAGAAGAGAAUGAAUACUCUUCAGGCAGCUGGUUGUCAACAAUAA